AUGGAACAGCCUCACCAGUAUAUCCCGCCACCGCAAUAUGCCCCGCCUCAUUCUGCUCCACCACAACAUGCAUCUGCCAAUACCACAGCCAUCAACAAUGGCACCAUGCUCUCGCAUAACAACACUGCUGCAGCACCUACACUGCGUCUGGGCUCCAACCCUCAUGCGUUGAACGACCCUACCUUGCAAGAAAUUCUCUCACCGUUUUUCCAGCCGUUUGGUGUCGAUGUCUCUCAUUUGCCUAUGACAAACCCACCGAUCUUCCAAAGCUCAGUGACUCGUUAUAACGAGCCCAGUAGGCGCAGAAGAAUCUCUAUUUCCAACGGUCAAAUCUCACAGCUGGGGGAAGAGAUAGAGACGGUGGAUAGUCUGUAUAAUCAACAGCCGCCGCCGAUGCCGGAACACGUGCACUCGCAUGCGCAGCAUCUGGUGGGACAGCAGCAGCCGUCGAUAGUGGGCCAUGCAUUGGGCCAAUCUCACACUGUGGCAGACGCUGCGCACGUGCCGCAGGCGUGGCCACAAGACAGCGGGGUGGCACAGGGCAUGGUGCCACAAAGCACAAUGCCACAGAACACAACAGCACCAGGAUCAUCAGCAUCCUCGUCGUCUGCCACCACCACCACCACCAGUGCAUCAGUACCUGCAACUGCAACUGCAACUGCACCAGCUCACAAUAGCAAUACACUACAACCUACAUUGCACAAUGCAAUGGCCAAUACAGUCCCGCAGAACACAGUGCAAAGUUCAAUGCCGCCAGCACAACACCAGUUUGAUGCUUGGAAAAGAGCUCGUCUCUUGGAACGCAACAGAAUAGCCGCCAGCAAGUGUCGUCAACGCAAGAAGAUUGCACAAUUGCAACUGCAAAGAGAUUACGACCAGCUGGUAGGGGAGAACCGUCGACUUACGCGUAAAUUGGCAUACUACGAGAAACUGGUUCUAAAGUUUCGUCAUUUCACAGAAGAACAUGUGCAGAAUUGCAGUGGCAGUAAAGAGGGUCUGAGGAUGGUUGAGGAGAUGCUGAGGAUAGACAGUGGAGUUGAUGAAGUGGAUGAGAGAGGGUUGGUGGUCAAGAUGGAGGACACGUGA